AUGGCCCUCUGGGCUCUGGGUUCGCCACUCAUACAGAAUAUUAUUAUUAUUAUUAUUAUGGGCAACACAGUACGGAAGGUGUUGCUUGCCAUUGCAGCUGCCCAGUCGCCCUCUCCCAGCAGCUCGCCCAGUGGUUCACCCAGUAGUUCGCCGAGUUCUAGCCCAAGCAGCUCCCCCAGUAGUUCACCCACUUAUUCUCCAGGCAGCUCCCCAAGUGGUUCACCCAACAACUCACCCAGUUCGCCACCGGCCGCAGCUCCCGCCCCAUCCCAAGGUGCUGCAGCCAAUGGCAGCUGCGUCUUCCAGUACUCACAGGCACUUUCGCCAAACACCCCUGGCCAGGGAGCGGGCGGCAGGGGGAUUGCGCUGGCGUCCGAUGGCAGCGUGGCGCUGCUAAGCGGCAGCCCUGCAUCCGGCAGCCAGACCGCCUCCGCCUACCUCUACUCCUUCUACACCUCCGUCAGCCAGUACAAUUCCUGCCCCCAGACCAUCAAGGACUCAGCACCCCUGUCGGGCUUGAGGUGGGGCUCCUCCUAUGCCCUCUCUGGCGACGCCUCGGUCAUCCUGGUGGGAGCAGCAGGUAGCGUGCUGCCAGGGGCGCUCUAUGGAGGCCAGGACCGAGCCAUCGACGGCAAGGUGUAUGUCUACAAGCUGCCGGAGCUGCCAGGGGCGACCCGGGGCUACUCAGUCACUGACCAGCCCUUCAUGCCGCCUUCUGACAGCAAGAACCCCUUCUUUGCCAGCGGCGGGCUGGCCGCCACCCAGGCAGGGGAGUUUGUCUAUGUCGCCUCCCCCGUGGCCCCCCAGCCCACACCACAGCUUGCCGCCCUCUACGGCAACGCCUCUGUCUUCGUGUACAAGCAAAGCGAGGAUGGCAAGGGAUGGAAGCUGGCCCAGACGCUGCCUGCGCCGGGAGGCGCAAACAACACCGACUUUGGACGCAAGGUGACGGUGUCGGACACGGGCAAGUGGCUGGUGGUGUCGGAUCCGCUGGCCGUCUCCGGGCCGCAGUCGUGCGGCAUCUUUGGAGCGAUGCCGGGCUACGUCACCAGCGGGCAGGUGUUUGUGUACGCGCUGCAGGACAACAACCAGUCCUACAAGCUCGUGCAGACUCUCCAGGGCAACACCUCCGCCGCCACCGGCUUUGGCGCUGACAUCGAUGUGUCGGCGGAUGGGUCGGUGCUGGCGAUAGGCGCACCUGACACCACCACGAGCCCCAGGUUUGUGAAGGUGUACACGCUGGAGAACAAUGCCUACGUGGAGCGCGCAAACCUUACAGCGCCCGCCGAUGCGGCAGAAUGUGUGUCUGUGUCUGGCGAUGGGCAGCUGGUGGUGGUGCAUGCUCCCCUGCCCUACCCGCGUUCCUUCAGCCAAGCACCUAGCAAUGGCAACACCAGCGACAUUGGGGGCCACAUCUACACCUUCAAGCUGGCAAAGGGCUCCAAUGGGCUGACGGUGACCCCCCAGACGUCGAUGGUGUGCCCCAACAACCAGUACGUCUCCACGCAGCGCACAUGCGAGGACUUUGGCAACACGCUCAAGCUGUCGGCCAACGGGAAGCUGCUGCUGACUUCCGGCGGCUUCCCGGGACCUGCCGAGCAGCUGGGCACCUACGUGUACCAGACCCAGAACUGCAUCAGCACCAGCAGUAGCUCCACGCCUAGCGUGUGA